AUGCCAGACAGCAAAAUAGCAUUUAUAUCCGAAGAACUUUGCAUCGGUUGCGGUAUAUGUCCAAAGAAGUGUCCAUUCGGAGCGAUCACCAUUAUUAAUCUCCCCACUAAUCUCGAGAAGGAAGUAAGCCACCGUUAUUCUGCCAAUUCAUUUAAACUACAUCGUUUGCCCAUUCCACGACCGGGGCAAGUGCUAGGUUUGGUCGGUACAAAUGGUAUAGGGAAGAGUACGGCCUUGAAGAUUUUGGCUGGUGUACUCAAGCCCAAUUUAGGCCGUUUUGAGGAACCACCAGACUGGCAGGAUAUUUUAAAGUAUUUCCGUGGUUCGGAAUUACAGAAUUACUUUACUAAAAUUCUUGAAGAUAAUCUCAAACCAAUUAUUAAACCACAAUAUGUGGACAGUAUACCGAAAGUAGCCAGAGGAACUGUGACCGGUUUGAUUACUGCUAAAUCCGAAAAGAACAAUGCAGAUGAAAUUAUUGCCAACUUAGAUUUAAAUGAAGUCUUAAACCGUCAAAUAGAAGAACUGUCUGGGGGAGAAUUACAGCGAUUUGCUAUCGCAAUUUCAUGUAUACAAAAUGCAGAUAUUUACAUGUUUGAUGAACCCUCAUCUUAUUUAGAUGUGAAACAACGUCUGAGUGCAGCUCGUACAAUAAGAUCUCUUUUGAAGCCAGAAUGUUACGUUAUAGUCGUUGAACACGAUUUAUCAGUACUCGAUUAUUUAUCAGACUUUAUUUGUGUGUUAUACGGAGUACCCUCGGUCUACGGUGUAGUAACUAUGCCGUUUUCAGUCAGGGAAGGAAUCAACAUAUUUCUCGAUGGCAAUGUACCGACAGAAAACCUUCGAUUCCGUGAGGAGUCUCUAACCUUCAGGUUGGCCGAGACGGCAGAAGAUGAACGGGAAGUCGAGAAACAUCGGCUAUAUUCGUACCCGGAAAUGUCAAAAACUCUAGGGGAUUUUAAACUGGAUGUCCAUGCCGGAUCAUUUACAGACUCGGAAAUUAUUGUAAUGCUUGGCGAGAAUGGGACCGGUAAAACGACAUUUAUACGCCUCCUUGCUGGCAUACUGAAACCGGAUGGAGAGCAAGUAAUCCCGGAAUUGAAUGUCAGCUAUAAGCCUCAGAAAAUUUCACCAAAAUUCAAAGGAACUGUUCAUCAAUUGUUCUUAAAGAAAAUCCGGGCAUCCUUUUUACAUCCACAGUUCCAGACAGAUGUUAUUAAACCGAUGCAGAUUGAAAGUAUUCUCGAUCAGGAGGUUUCGCACUUGUCUGGUGGUGAAUUGCAGCGAGUGGCCAUUGUGCUUGUAUUAGGGCAGCCGGCAGACAUUUAUUUAAUUGAUGAACCUUCCGCGUAUUUGGAUUCAGAGCAGCGUAUUGUUGCUGCCAAAGUAAUUAAAAGAUUUAUCCUCCACAGCAAAAAGACUGCCUUUGUCGUAGAACACGAUUUUAUUAUGGCCACAUAUCUUGCUGAUCGCGUGGUGGUCUAUGAGGGACAGCCGUCUGUGCAUGCAACGGCAAACACUCCACAGUCUUUGUUGACGGGAAUGAAUAUAUUUUUAUCGUCUCUUAAAAUUACUUUCCGUCGGGAUCCCACAAACUUCCGGCCGAGAAUAAACAAGGCUGAUUCUGUUAAGGAUAAAGAGCAAAAAUUGA